CGGGACCAUUUUUGUCAUUUUAAUGUUUAGCCCUUGUUCAGGACGUAUAUGGUAAUAUCACUCAAAUUCGGGAGUUUAUUGUAGAUCAGGGCAAAACUCAGGAGGUAAAAUGUAGUUCGCGCUAAAAAAAAAUUCUUCUUUGAGAGAAAGCUCCCAAAGCCAAAUUCCAUGCUCCGUAAUUUCAACAAUCUCAUUCGAUCUUACGCAAACUCCAGCGGGAACCUACAGAAAGAGGCCCUGCGAAUUUUCGUCGAAAUGCGUCGUUCCGGAGCUUUACCCAACGAACACACCUACCCUUUCGUUUUCAAGGCUUGUUCUUCCAUUGCCAAUCUUACUGACGGAAGACAAGUUCAUUCGGAUGUCGUCAAGCACGGUCUAGCUUCCAACGUUUAUGUGCAGAACACAUUGAUUCAUUUCUACGGAUGCUGCAAGAACGUAAUCGAUGCCUACAAGGUGUUCGAUGAAAUGUCGUUUAGAACGGUUGUGUCGUGGAACUCGAUACUCUCUGCUUUCAUCGAGAGUUCGUGGUUUGAUGAGUCGGUUGAUGUUUUCUUUAAGAUGAGAAGAUCCGGGAUUCAGCCGGGUGAGACCACUAUGGUGAUUUUGCUUUCGGCUUGUUCGGAGAUUGGUAACUUGAGUUUGGGCAAAUGGAUCCAUUCCCAAGUGAUUGUGAGGGGUUUGGUUAUGAAUUGCCAGUUGGGCACUGCCCUUGUUGACAUGUACGGGAAGAGCGGAAAUGUUGGGAAUGCGAGAUUGGUGUUUGAUCGGAUGAGCGAACGCAAUGUUUGGACUUGGAGUGCCAUGAUUCUCGGAUUAGCGCAGCACGGCUUCGCUAAUCAAGCCCUCGAACUUUUCCAGAUGAUGGAUAUGUGUUCGAUACGCCCUAAUUAUGUAACUUUUCUUGGGGUGCUUACCGCUUGUAGUCAUGCUGGACUUGUUGACGAUGGACGCCGGUUCUUUAAUGAGAUGGAACACAUCCACAAGAUCAAACCGAAGAUCGUGCAUUAUGGUGCGAUGGUAGAUAUUUUGUCUCGCGCAGGACGCCUGCAGGAAGGGUAUGAUUUCAUUUUGAAGAUGCCUGUGAAAGAUGACCCAAUUACGUGGAGGACCCUGCUUAGCGCCUGCAACAUUCACGACGUUAAUGAUUCCACCGGGAUAGGCGAAAAGGUGAGACAGAGACUACUUGAGCUUGAGCCGAGGAGGGGUGAAAAUCUUGUAAUGGUGGCAAACAAGUACGCCGAAAUUGGAAUGUGGGAGGAAUCAGAACGUCUAAGAAAGAAGAUGAGGGACAGGGGACUGAAGAAAGUGCGUGGAGAAAGUUGGAUAGAUGUUGAUGGUAGUGUCUUUAGGUUCUUGUCUGGAACUGAUUUUCAAGUACCUUCAGAGGAUAUCUACGUCUUAGCAGAAAGACUGAAUUUGCAUACCAAAAUGGUUCACUCAGUUCACUGUGAUUAUGACUAGCUAAUUGCUUCAUCUAUAUCUAGUUAGGCCCCCCUUCUUGUUCGUUUCUUCCCCAGAAAAUCCCUUCUUUUUUUUGUUCCAAUUUUUAUCUGUUUGUCAUCUGCCAUCUUUAAAUUUUAUUUAUUUAUUUUUCACUUCCGU